AUGGGCUCUGGUGGCUCCGAUCCCAGCAACCCGCAGGUGUUAUUAAUCCACAACGUGGAGGACGGCAUCAAACGCUUCGGCAAUGCGAGUAAAGAAUACGUCGCGGCGGUGCGGGCGGUGAGUGCGUCCCUCGAGCACCUCGCCGUCGCGAUGCGGCAGUUGUCCCUCGGCGACAUCCCACCGGAACUGCACGCCCGCAUUGAUCGCUUCGGCACAGUCGUCGGAUUACACCAAAGUGCCGCCGCCACCAACAACAACAACAACCGCAAGGGAAGUGUUGGGAAUGAAAGUAAUAAUGAUAUGAACAGUGUGAAUCACAGGAACAGUGCCAGUAAAGUAUCUGUGCAGUUGGAUUAUCCAUUAGCACCGUAUAUUAAUGAUUUCUCAAAGGAUGUUGGGAGUGCCACGGAUGAUCUCAAGAUGCUGACAAAGAUGGCUCGCAAGAAGCAGGAGGAGUAUGAAAGUGCCGCUAAGAAAUAUAAUGAAACACGUCUGGAAGUGGAAAAGAUUGAAAAGAGUGAUGUAAAGAAAAACCGCAACUCCGCCGAUAAUCCAAAAUACACAAAGAAAAUAGAAAAACGGGAAAAACAACGGGUGGAGGCGGAGCAGAAGGCUCAGGAAUUAAACAAGGCCUGCCAAGCACUCAUCACACGCCGGGCAGAAGUAAUGACUCGAGUGAUGGACGCGAUGGGAUCGCAGACAUUCCGCUAUUGGAACGGCAUCGCUCAUUUAAUGCAGGACGGCUCAAUGGGCGGCAGCAGAAGCAACAGUGUUGUGUAA